AUGGAUUCUCAGACAAACCAGUUUUGGACCAAUUUUAUCACUCAUAUAGCGCUCAUCAAUGGCUUUCUUCUACUACUACUUCCCAUACCAUUGAUUCGUUUGCUUUACACACACAUUGUUUGCGGCGCUUUACUUAUUACCGCUCACUUAUUGUCCUACUAUUUGGUUCAUGUGAUUGAUGCCUAUAAUGGUGUUCCCAUUAUUGAAUCUCUAGCCCUAUCACUGGUGCAGAUGAAUGCCAUCAAACAGAUUUCACUUUUGGUGGUUCACGUGGCCAUCGCUGUCAUUGUGUCCACUCUAUUACAAGGACCACAAAAGCCAUUACUUCCAGUGUUUGCCUGUUACUCACUCCCAGUUUUUGCCCGAAUUUUCGACUUUCCCGCCGAAUCACUACAGGUGAUCCAUAAGUUUAGUUCAGCAGUGGUUGUCAUCAGUUUGAUUCGAUAUGUAUAUCAAUGGUUGCCUAAAGUGUUUAGUGAGCUGAAGGACGCCUGUUGUCAACUGCUG